AUGGCGGAUUGUUAUCCCUCAUUCUCGUGGCGCACCCUGAAAGGGAAGGGCGCUAAAAGGAGGGCUAUGAGGGUGCUGGACGGCGACCUGAUGCGGCCCGUCCAGAUGAGCGCCACGCGUGUGUCCAACGGCUGUGCAUCACGAGCCUUUGGGGCCUUCAAAUCGAAAGAAAAUGGUGAUGAACUCAGGAAGAAGAACCCAAUGAGAAAGUACUCCAACAAGAGAGCACGUGCAGGACAGGCUGUGAACCCACAAGGGCAUGUUGUACGACAGGGUCAGUUGGAUUCUAGGGAGCACCUCAUGAUACAGGGGAUCUGGGGUAACGACAAGCGCACAGAAGGAGGCAGGUUAUUGGGUGCUGGAAAGUGCAGCGACAGCGAUAGAAAAGCUGGAUGUGCAUCAUUCGCAAAUGAAAAGGUAGCUGAUCUUGACGAUGGGUGUGAUGAUGUGUUUUGCAAAAAGAAUGGGAUCUCAGGGAAGAAGCGCAAAGAUAGACAGCGGAAUAGAGACAGGAGCAGUCCAUGUGCUAGUAAAAGAAAAGCUCUGCAAGCAGAUGAUGCUAGUGAGUCAAUUAGAGCCCUGAAAAAGAAAAAGAGGACAACUGCAUCAAAUCCUGAGUGUGGACAAAAACGUGAAGUCUUUGCUGCUGGGGAGGUAGUUGUUGGCUGUGGGGAUGAUUCAGUCCUUCGAAAAACGGGGCCAAAGGGCAGGGAAAGGAAACGCACUGCAGGAAAUGACACUCUCCGAGGUCGGGACACAUCUGAGGCUGUGUCUGAUGAGCCAGGAGCGGCUGGAGUAGCAGCGAAAUCGAAAGCAAAGGAACAGAGCGCACAGAGUGAUGCAAAAAGGAAGGACUGUGCUGUCGAGAACACGAAUUUCGCAUCUGAUGAUGCUGAUGUUGAUCUGGCUGCAGCCGCUAAGAAAGCCUGCGAUGCACUACAUGAGGAUGGACGUGAAGAGAUUGCGAAUGAAAACAAGCAAGUGCAAAAGGGAAGGAUCGCUGGCUUCAGCAGACCAAGGUCUAAAUUGCUGGCAAAAUUGCAUGACCGACUGAUGAGUGGACAUUUCCGCCACAUCAAUGAGCUCUUGUACAUGAGGUCGGGGAACCAAUCCUAUGAGAUGAUGCGAAAGGACAAGGAACUUUUUGAGGCCUACCACAAAGACUACCAGCAGCAGAUGAAGUGCUGGGCGAAGCAGCCUGUAGAUCAAGCCAUAGCUUGGCUGAGAAAGAGUCCCAAGGACUGGAAGGUGGCAGAUUUUGGUUGUGGAAAUGCCAAGUUAGCGGCAAGUGUUGAGCAGGAAGUCACGUCGUUGGAUUUGGUGGCCUUGGCACCUGGCGUGAUUGAAUGCAACAUGGCUGACACGCCACUCACGAAAGGAUCCCAGCAUGUUGCAAUCUUUUCCCUUGCACUGAUGGGUACGGACUACUUCCUCACCCUCCAAGAAGCCGCUCGUGUCCUUCGCAGGGGCGGCAUACUGUGGCUAGCUGAGGUUCGGAGUCGCUUCAUGGGCGAUGAUGGCCACGAGGCGUACGAUGAUUUCAGCAAGGCAAUGGGCGCCCUUGGGUUCAAGCGGCUGCAGCUGAAGAAGCCCAGCGAGCUGUUCGUGGUGAUGGUAUUCAGAAAAACGGGCAAGCAGGGAUCUGCUUCCAACAAGAGUGUCUGGCCGGUCCUCAAAGCGUGCGUAUACAAGAAACGGUGA